CUCUUCUCUAUCACUCUACAACUCCUUGUCUAGCAUUGGUUUUGUUUUUGCACUAACAAAUCUCAGAGCUUUCUCUGCAAUUCUGCAUUAUUGUCCACACAAGAAAACUCUGUUUUCUGCCCUGUUUUUUUUUUCCCUUCCUUUUGACUAAAAACUUCCCAGUCUUUUCCAGGUUGAUCUUCUAUAAAGGAAAAUGACCAACCAAAAUGUGGUGAUUUGUGAUUCUAAAUCAGGCUUUAGCAUGGAGAUUGUGGUGUCAAUGCGUGAACCAGUUCUUUUCGCACAAGCAGUGCCUAAGCCUCUGGCUGCACCAGGUGGUGGUACGCCUAUUAUUUGGACAAAGCCAUCGCUGAAAGUGCUCGAAACUGCUGGUGGCGGAGGCAGAAUCAAUGCAUGGGUUGAUUCGAUGAGAGCUUCUUCGCCUCCUCGAAGAUCAUCUGAAAGUGAAGAAGUUAACAAGUCUUGGAUGCUUCAUCAUCCAUCGGCUUUAAGCAUGUUUGAAGAAAUCAUAAAAGUUUCGAAGGGGAAACAGAUAGUUAUGUUUCUUGACUAUGAUGGCACACUUUCUCCAAUUGUUGAAGACCCUGACAGAGCUUUCAUCUCCAAUGAGAUGAGAGACGCUGUGCGAGACAUUGCUCAUCAUUUUCCUACCGCAAUAGUUACCGGAAGAUGCAGAGCCAAGGUUUACAAUUUUGUUAAGCUAUCGGAGCUUUAUUAUGCCGGCAGUCAUGGUAUGGACAUCAAGGGACCAACACAAGGACAUAGAUACAGAAAGGGCAAUCAAACAGUACUCUGCCAACCAGCGAGAGAAUUUUUACCCAUGAUUGAUGAGGUAUACAAAACUUUGUUAGAAAAAACCAAAUCCAUCCCUGGGGCUAUGGUGGAAAACAACAAAUUUUGCUUAUCUGUACACUACCGCUGUGUCGAGGAAAAGAGGUGGGCAGAAUUAGCUGUCCAAGUUAAAACCGUCCUUAAGGAUUAUCCCAAGCUGAAAUUGACUCAAGGGCGGAAGGUCUUAGAGAUUCGGCCAACUAUCAAAUGGGAUAAAGGGAAUGCGCUGGAAUUUUUGUUGGAAUCACUAGGUUAUGCAAACUCAGAUGAUGUUUUACCCAUCUAUAUUGGAGAUGACCGGACGGAUGAAGAUGCAUUUAAGGUUUUGCGUAAAAGAGGACAAGGUUUUGGAAUCCUGGUCUCCAAAGUUCCAAAAGAAACGAAUGCUUCAUAUACAUUGCAAGAACCAUACGAGGUUAUGUGCUUCUUAAAACGUUUGGUAGAGUGGAAAAAAUCAUCCUUGCGAAGAUUUUGAUUUAUAGGGAGGCGAAACAUCACGAGCGAGGAAAAUUAAGGGAUUAAUGACCGUUGCCCUUGGAGUUUUUAACGGGGUGGGGGGGGGGGGUGAAAACUAUGUAUUUUUGUUUAUAGUUGUAGUUAUU